AUGACUGGAAACAAAAGAAAGAAUCCGCGAGACUUGACUCGUCUCUCCGGAAAACCACUUGCGGAGACUCUCGAGCCAUCUUCGAUUUUGGCAAGCAGCACAGAAGAAUGGGUCACCUCUCAAGACCUGGCUGAGCAUGGUCUCCCGUUCAAGCCGGAAGUCAUCCAAGAUAUGACCAUCUUCCUCCUGGCAAACCCGAAUAUGAGCUCAACCCAUCUAUACCGGGCAGACAUCCUCUUCGACAGCUGGGGUUCACUGCGAACACCGCAACAGAAAGAGCAGUCCUUCGCUCAGAAUGGGAACAGCAAUCUGGAGACGGCUGAAGAGCAUGUGGAACCCAUCACCGCAAGGCAAAUCCCCAAUUUCACUCUCACCAGAACGGUCGUGAGGAGACUCAUUCCCAGGAACCCGAACCUGGACAGGGUCAUGGACCAAACAUGUCACUUCUACGAACACAUCAACGAGUCCACAGACACAAACGAGGAGUCUAUUAACCGAUACCUCGCUGUCUAUACCCCCCACGUCACCUCCAAAGAAGACAUGCCCUUCUACCACCCUCUCCUCCGUUCCCUAGCUUUCCUAUACGACUACAACACUCACAACAACACAUCAGAACCCUCCCCUAACCCCGGCACCAUGUCCAUUCACUUCCUCCUCUUCCCCAACGAACCCAUCCAAAACCGUCUAGAACGCACCCUACAAGCCCUCCUGACUAUCCAAAUCCGCCUCGCCCGCGGCACCCGUCUAACCGGCAAACCAGAAGGGGGCGGCGGCGCCAGUCAAAACCCAGCCAAAGACAACGUGAUCCCUCAGCACCUAGUGCAAAACACUUACACGCGUCUGAAGGCAAAGUACGCCGCAGAGCUCUGCCAAAACUGGGUCGAGAGCACCGAGCCCUCCAAGCAUGUCUUCGAAGACCUCGCAAUCACCGCAUUCCUCAUUGAACUCUGGAGAAGCAUGUACGGCGCUGUCCCAGCAGACGAGCAAACCUCCUCCCCAUCUACCUCCUCUUUCCCCGGCUUCGUCGACGUAGCCUGUGGCAACGGCGUCCUCGUCUACGUCCUGCUCAUGGAAGGCUACAAAGGCUGGGGCUUCGACGCCCGCCGACGCAAAACAUGGAGCAUAUUUCCAGAGUCCGUGCAAUCACGACUCACAGAGGAGAUCUACAUCCCAAAACCAUUCUCCGAAACGAACCCCUCUCUGCUCCAAGAGCUCACCAUAAAAUCCCACUCGGGGUCCUUCCCAAAAGACACAUUCAUUAUCUCCAACCACGCAGAUGAACUCACCGUCUGGACUCCGCUCAUGGCUACGCUCCUUUGUCCCGAGUCGCCAUCACCCUUUAUCGCUAUCCCAUGCUGCUCGCAUUCGCUCUCUGGAGCGAGAUUCCGGUAUCCGCCUCCUAAGGCGGGCAAGAAAAAGGAGAAAUCAGACAAAGAAGACGAAGGAGGAAUGGAAGAAGAGACCAAUCCAUCAUCAGGAGACCUCAAAUCCCUCCGGAAGGAGAAACAGGAUGCUCAGACCACGGAAGCAGGGUUCCUUAAGUCAAUGUAUGGUUCGUUGACGGCGAAGACGAUGAGUGUGGCGGAGGAAAUCGGGUACGAGGUGGAGAGGACGCUGUUGCGGAUUCCUAGUACGAGGAAUAUGGCUGUUAUUGGAGGAAGAAGGCGGACGACACAGGUGUGGAAGGAGAGGGGAAGUGGAUUGGUUGAUGGUGGUGGUGGUGACGGAGAAGUAGUCCUGGAGCGGGUUAUGGAUGCUAUAAAUGUUUCGUCUAUGUACAUGGAAGAAAAAGACAUGAUGAUGUUAAUUGUUGUAAAUGUACAUCUAGCAGAUUUAGCUCCCAUGAAAUAA